AUGGCCCUCUCUCUCAAAGCAGAACUCGAAAUAUGGGCGUCCGCACUCAAAUCAUACGAUGCAGAGGACUUUGAGAAUGCUCUCCAGCUCUUCUCCGACAUCGCAGACUCUUCUAAAAUACUUACCAACAUAGGCCUUAUCUAUGCUACCAUAGGCGAACACGAAACCGCUGUACAACAGUUUAACGCAGCGACUGGCCUUGAUCAAUAUCUCGCUGUUGCAUAUUUUCAAUGCGGCGUUUCCAACUUCUUACUCGGUCGCUACGAACUUUCUCUAACAGACUUUGAUGAGGCUUUACUUUACCUACGGGGCAAUCAAGCAAUUAAUUAUGAACAAAUCGGCCUCAAAUUCAAACUAUUCUCAGCGGAAGUGCUAUUCAAUAAGGGUCUUUCGCGUAUUAAUCUUGGCUUCAUGCAAGAGGGGCUGGCAGACAUGGAGGAGGCGAGACGGGAGAAGGCAACAGAGGAACAUAACGUCAUUGAUGAAGCGAUAAGGGACUUGGGGGAAGGCUAUACGGUUUUUAGUAUCCCGGUCGGCGUCCUGUACCGCCCCUCUGAAAACAAACUCAAGAAUUCAAAGGCAAAGGAUUACAUGGGCAAAGCUAAAUUGGUCGCUGCAAGCGAUGCGUCCGAUGCGUUUACCACGUUUUCUGGAGUAACGCGAUUGAAGCAGGGCGUCACCCCACAGAACACGUUCGUCGAAUCGCGCCCUGACACCGAUUCUUCGCCUGCUCUGAAUCGCAGUGUCACUUUGCCUCCUCCUAGAAGCGACCCCAUCGACCCCCCGACGCGUCCCAACCUUGCACUCGAACGUUCGAAAACAACCAUCAACAUCGCGUCCGACGCGCGAGUACGCAUCGCAGCUGGUGGUUCUAGGUCUCCUGUCUCCCCAAGCAGGCGGUCCAACUCUGUGUCGAACCCAGUCGUCGAAACACGCAACACUGGGCUGUCGAGAAAUAACACAUCGAUCGCUAAUUUGACUAGGAGCGCCACGUCCUCACCUCUGCGCCCUGCCGCUCCUUCUAUCGCACCUUCGUCUGCCUCUACACCCACGGCUAUGCCUUUAAGCCUAGUGGCAGGCAUGUCUAGAGGGAUGAGUGUCCGUAGAAUUCCCCCUGCUGCCUCUGCCGUUACACCUCCCAAGUCUUCUGGUCUUCUCCUACCGGCUGGUCCCCCAGCUCAACAACAACAGGCGGGCCGUUUGACCGACUUUUAUGACGACUACAUCAGCUCGUACGGCGAAGACGCAAAUUCUCGACCGUUGCCAGCGCCUCCUGCGGGUGGUACCACCGACCGCGUUACAGCGUGGGCUCAAGCCAACGCAAAUGCGAACCCCAACACUGGCUAUGGCCGCGCCCCUGCACCUGCACGCGCUCUGUCACGUAGCACCUCGAGCGCAGCACCUGGCUCCUACCAGGGCGGCAGUUUACGCAGGAAAGUGACGAGACGGCCGACACAGAGCCGCAGGCCUCCUGUUACAUACGAGGAGGAAGAAGAAGAGGGCUAUGUUAGCGGCGAGUAUGAGGAUACGCAGUUUGAGCUUACGAAGAUCAAAGUGAAGUUGCAUUACCAGGGCGACGUCCGUGGGAUGACCUUCCCGCCUGAUACCCCAUUCGAAGAGUUUGUGGACCGUGUCACAAGCAAAUUUGGGACGUCGUUGGAGGGACUUGGGAUGAAAUUCAAGGACGAAGACGGAGGGAAGAUUACUCUACGAGACGACUCUGAUUACGAGCUUGCGAUCGAGACUGCGCGGGAGAACGCAAAGGGCAAGCCAGAGGGGAAGCUCGAAAUCUGGUGUCUAGAUGUCUAAAUCUCUUGCCCGCCCGCUUAUCUAUCUAUCUAUCGUAUGAUUGUAGUUCUCUGGUUCUCAUGGAAUUUGCGGGGAGCUGCUCUUUUCUUUUCUUUAACGGGUCUUGUUCAAUCAUCGCUUGGGAUUUUCUAUCUAUCCAUUAUUGUUGUUGUUGUUGUUGUUUCCAACUACCCUCCGCUGUUGCUCUUAGUUUGUGGAUCCCAUGUAGAUUGUAAUUCGUCAUCGAUGUUUUGUAUAUAGAGGAUCGAGUGCAUGUUUACAGUAUAGAUCUAUGGCUCACCGUAGGUGUUGGCAUGUUAUUCUGCGAUAAGGCUGCAGAACCUGGGUGGGAUUGACUUUUGUUAUCGCUACUAUAGCUAGUCGUACAUCCUUUAAAUGCAUAAUAUAGCUGUGGUUUUCUAGCGAUU